AUGGCAUCGUCAGUCAAGGCCGUUCAGACGUUCGGCAAAAAGAAGACUGCGACAGCAGUUGCCCACGCGAAGGAGGGCCGGGGCCUAAUUCGCGUUAACGGAUCCCCUAUCAAUCUUGUCCAACCCGAAAUCCUGCGGCUCAAGGUCUACGAGCCUGUCCUCGUUGCUGGCGAAGACUCUUUCUCCCUUCUCGACAUCCGUGUGCGGGUAAAGGGUGGAGGACACACCUCGCAAAUAUAUGCCAUCCGACAGGCCAUCGCCAAGGCCCUAGUCGCCUACUACGCCAAGUACGUCGACGCCUCGAGCGCGAUGGAGUUGAAGAAGAAGUUGGUGGCAUACGACCGAACACUGUUGAUCGCUGACCCCAGACGGAUGGAGCCGAAGAAGUUCGGAGGUCAUGGUGCCCGUGCUCGCAGACAGAAGAGUUACCGUUAA